AUUGAAUAAUUACUUUUCGGAAGUAUUGUUUUACCUUAACGUUUGAUACAGUUUGAUUUUGAGGCAGAUACUCAAACGUUUCAUAAGUUACUGUUGCUCCCUAGAAUGAAGAAAGAAAAGAAAGACUUGCUGUGUGGAAUACUUGUGGUCGUAGGUGCAUUUUGUCUUCACUUCAGUUGUGGACAUUUCUAUACUGUUUCAAACAUGGCAACAUACAUAAUGUCAUACAUAGCAGCAAGAGUUGACAAUAACAUCAGUGAUAGCUCAGCUGUAUGGUUAUCUGCACUUGGUCUUGGCUGUCAGGGUCUGGCUAUGCCAAUAGGUGGGUUUAUGGGAAGGAAAUUCGGACCUAAAUCAACAAUGAUUGCGACGUUGAUUCUCGGGAGUGGAAGCAUUCUGUUAACAUAUAUUGUUGUACAGAAAACGUUUAUUGGUGUAGUUUUUACUGUUGGGAUAAUGUUUGGACUUUCGAUGGGGAUCGGUUAUUCCGUCGCAAUAGCUUGUGCAGUCUCUUGGUUUCCUGGAAGAAGAGGAUUAAUUGUUGGUAUAAUUGUUGGAGGGUUUGGAUUGGGCUCCCUAAUUUUCACACCAAUUCAAACUGCAUAUAUCAACCCAUCUAACUUAAAGGUGGAUAGUCAGACAAGGCGUUUCACUGAUCCAGAGCUUCUUGAUAGAGUCCCAAAUGUUUUCUUGGUAAUGGGUUCAAUAUUAGCAGCAUCGCAGUUAGUGGCAUGCGUACUUGUCCGCAUGAAACCAAUCUCAAAAGAAGAACAUGAGGACGGAAAUGAAGAAGAAGAAGAAGAAGGAUUAGAACGUGCAAGAAUUCAAACUAGUCCAUCUACAGAUUCAAAAAAGAAGAAACUAGUAAAUGGUGAUUCAAAAUUAAAUCGUAACACUGUGGUGGAAGUAAACGUUAAAUCUGGAAAGCUAUUACGUCAUAUUGACUACUAUCUUUUAUUUUUUAUGAUGCUUCUUAACUGUUUUCCAAUAUCUGUUCUUACAAGUUCAUUAAAGAUCUUUGGACAAACGCACAUAAGUGAUGAUAGGUUUUUGUCAACUAUAACAGCUGUUACUUCUCUUUUCAACUGUGGUGGACGUGUAGUCUGGGGUGCUGUCGUGGAUCGUUUUUCUUUCAAGAUACCAAUCUGCAUACAACUGUGUGUAUGGAGUGUGUUAUUAUUUACAUUUCCUGUUAUUGCAUAUGUAACGGGAGUCGCAUUGAAAGUCUUAUAUGUUAUAUGGGCAUGUGCCUUAUUUUUCUUCUUGUCUGGUGUUUUUUCCAUGAUGCCAGCUGCAACAGGGACUAUAUUUGGUCCAGUAAAUUUAGCUGUCAACUAUGGAAUGGUUUAUCUCGGAUUUUCAUUUGGAUCAGUACUUUCUCUUGUGGUGAGUCUUUUCUGGAAAGCAUCUCCUGAAAUCUACUUUACCGUUUCUGGAUGUGUAUGCUUAGUUAGUAAGUGAUAUAUUUUGCAAUCAUAGAAAUGUCAAAUUUUAAACUUCAUGGUAGAAAUACUCAACGAAGCUCAAAUAAUUAAACUGAUCAAUAAAUCCCCCAAAAUUUUGAGUGUUGAGAUUUAUAUAAUCAGAUCAUUUUGGCCACAAGGUGAUAUCAGAUGGAGAAUCAUCAUAAAAUCAGGUUGCCUUAGAUGUCUAAAACCAGAUUGCAGAUAUUUAACAGUGCGGCCCUUUAACCUUAUGCUUCAUUAAACCCUGAGUCUUUAUUAUUUAUCAGUUGGUGGUUCAGAAAUAUCGUAAUGUCAACAGAAUCUGGUGAUGACGAUUUCAUUUCCGUGAGUAGUUCAUACUGAAUGAAACGCCCGUUUUGUGCUGGUUGAUUUUUAAUGGUUUUCAAGCAAUAUUUUCACUGGAAAAAAAUAGUCGUCAUUUAACUAGCUUCAACCAAACUAAAGAUAGAGAAGAUUUUCGGGCCCGAUUACACAUAAAACAGAAUUUAAUAUUUGAUUCUUUUAAAAUUUUUCAGUUAAAUCAACUAUUUUAUCAAUUACUUACUACAAUUUAAGUCUUUAUAAUUAGAAUAGUUGAUAAGAUGUUCAUUGAUUAAUGAUAUGAAACAAUAAAAUGUGAUUAAGUGAUCAACAGUCAGGAAAUUAAAUCGACUGAUUUAUUGCACAUGUUGAACGUUAAUUAAAUGAUUGACAAUAAUGGAAAACAACAUCUAUGUUUUAAUAUAUCUAUGUAUUGCACUGUCUCUUUUCAUAUUUUAUAUGAGAAAAAUGUGAAUUACGUAAAAAUAAGGUAACCAAAACUAGAAUUAUUGUAUAAGAUCAAGAGUGAUUAGUCUGGUGAUCUGUUUUAUUUUACAAUAGACAGGAUAAUUUUCCUCCCAUUAUAUAGCGAUUUGAUUAUGAAAUAUGAUUUCAUUAGUUGGCUGACUAUUCAAAUUGAAAUAUUUUUUUAAUUUUUAGGGAUUGUGAACAUGUUAAUUUAUGAAAUUUUACAGCAAACGAAUACUGAUAUCAAAUUUGUUUAGAGUGAUCUAUGGAACGUGACAAAGCAGAUAUUAUGUUUAGUGUUUAACAUCGUUUGGAUACAAGCAUUAGUUUAACGAAGCAAAAGUUCAGAAUUAUUAAACACCUUACAAAGUUGUUUCAGUUACUUAGUAUCAUUUGUGAAAUAUUCUGACUUAUUUAUCCUUCGUGAAUUGUACUAAAAUACUGUGAUAAAUUACAGCUUCAUAACGUUAUUGUUAGUUGAAAUCAACAUAUAUGUAUGUACUAAUGAAUAGUUUCCAUGCCAUAUCUAUAAAGGAACAGUUUUUUGUUGAAAUUAAAUAAAGAACUUAACAUCAGAUUAUCAAAUAGGAUUUCAGCGCCAUUAAUUUCUGUUUGUUAAUUAGUAGUUAAAAUAAUUUAUUUACAUAUAUGGCUAUAUAUCACAUAUUCUAUAUAUUUUAUUUCAGCUUUUGCCUUAGCCAUAUGGCUUGAUGACAGAAAUUUACCUAGACGUUUACGUUUCAUGGAUUGGUUCUCAAAUCAAUGUUUAUCCAGUCGAGUAUCUAAUCAACUAACAGUUAACACAAGUGAAGAUUUAUGAACUAGACAGAACCAAUAAAUAAUACUUAUUUUUAAGACUUUUAUGAAAAUGAAACACUCAAAAACCCUGUUUCUUUCUCUGCUUUUAUUUAUAAUAGUUAUUUUUAGUGAUGAUUUUUUUCUUAAAAUCAUUAGUACGCAUAAUGCAGCAAAUAAACAAUUAAUUUCAGAAUUUUUUUUUAUUUCAAUGUACUUUAUUCAUUUUUGCUGUCUAUUUUACUCAAAAAUAUUCGUAUAUUCAAAUCUGGAAAUCUUUUUGGGAGGUAAAAGCACGGUCAAAAUAAAAAUGUUUCGUUAAUGAA